AUGGCUCAAUACGGUCUGCUGGAAGUACACAAGGGGGAAAAUGCGCAAGCUGACAUUAUCUUUCUGCAUGGAUUACGGGGAGACCGAGAAAAGGCGUGGACGAAGAAUGGAGUAGUCUGGCCCAAAGAUCUAUUGCCCGACGACAUUCCAGCGUCUCGCAUAUUUCUCUUUGGUUAUGACACCAAUAUCACUAGUGCCGGCCGUUCGGGUGCUUCCAAGACUGAAAUCCAUAGUGAUGCGGAGGACGUGUGUGCGAAGCUGGCAGCAGAACGCUUAAGCACACAAACGGUGGACCGACCAAUCAUCCUCGUAGCUCAUAGCCUUGGGGGGCUAGUUGCUGCUCAGAUUCUGGUUCAUGGGGAGCAUAAACCUGAGAACUCGGCAGAAGCAUCCAUCGCCAGGAACGUCCGAGGGAUGAUAUUUUUGGGAACGCCGUUCCGAGGAUCCUCUGUGGCGAAGCCUGCUGAGGUUGUCCGCCGAGUUCUCAAUCUUUUCAAGGUCGACACUCAACAGCAAACUCUAAAGCUUCUUGGUGUUGACUCCGAGCGGCUGGACGAGCUCACGAGAGCAUUUCCGGAGGUUCUUAAUAAACGCAGAUCCUCCAAAGAUACCAACUACCGUAUCGAAGCAUUUUUCUUCUAUGAGACUCUAAAGACAAGAUGGGGCAUAGGAUCGAUUCAGAUCGUCGAAACUGAGUCGGCUCAAAUCCAUGGAUGUGGCGAUGCCGCACCCAUCCGCGCUGAUCAUAUUGACAUCUGCAAGUUCGAGACGAAGGAUGCUGACGGCUAUGCUAUUGUGGUGGCGGCAAUUCGGAAAGCCAUGAUACCACCAGAUACAUCCCCACCAAACGGCGGAAAAGUCAUCAAUAUCCUUGGGAAGGCUAUAAAUGUUGCUAACGAUAGCAUUACCAUUGGUAGCCAAGUGAACCAUCUGUAG